CUGCAAUUUGCUAACAAAAUAAACUCAAAAAUAUUGCCAAAAGUUCCAGCGUCGGUUCCAAGUGCGUCCUAGUUGCUUGUGGAAAAUAUGUAAAAACGCUCCCAUGCUGAUAGUAAGAUGAAUCGGUAUAUAACACUGACCCAACUGGGUGACGGAACAUAUGGAACCGUGGUGCUGGGCCAGCGGAAGGACACCGGCGAGAAGGUGGCCAUAAAGCGCAUGAAGCGAAAAUAUUAUUCCUGGGAGGAGGCUAUGAAUCUGCGAGAAGUGAAGUCUCUUAAGAAAUUAUCGCAUCCGAAUAUCGUAAAGCUGAAAGAAGUCAUACGAGAGAACGACACGUUGUACUUUGUGUUUGAGUACAUGAAGGAGAAUCUGUAUCAAAUGAUCAAGGAUCGAGAUACGCAUUUACCUGAGCCGGAGCUCAAGAGUAUUCUGUUUCAGGUUUUAACGGGCUUGGCUUUCAUGCAUCGACAUGGUUUCUUUCAUCGCGACCUGAAGCCGGAGAAUUUGUUAUGCUCCGGUCCGGAGUUGAUUAAAAUUGCGGACUUUGGGCUAGCGCGAGAGAUUCGCUCGCGCCCGCCCUUUACGGACUAUGUGUCCACGCGCUGGUACCGGGCGCCGGAGGUGCUGCUGCACUCGACCAACUAUGGCAGCACCAUCGAUCUCUGGGCCAUGGGUUGCAUCAUGGCCGAGCUGUACACGUUCCGGCCGCUCUUCCCCGGCAGCAGUGAGGUGGAUCAGCUGUUCAAGAUUUGCUCCGUGCUGGGCACGCCCGGAAAGAGCGAUUGGCCCGAUGGCUAUCGACUGGCUGCCAUGAUACACUUUCGGUAUCCGGACUGCAUCAAGGUGCCGCUGAGCAGCGUGGUCAGUCGGUGCAGCCAAAACGGCUUGGAUUUGCUAGAGGAUCUGUUGGCCUAUGAUCCCGAGAAACGGCCAACGGCUCAGCAGAGUCUCAAGUAUCCAUAUUUUCAUGCGUUAAAGCGCAUCUCGCCCACAGCGGCUGCCAAGGCCAAUGUGAGGCUUAGCUCCAAGUAUGGUGCUGGCUCUGGACCCGUGCACCUUGUCCUUCCUCCCACUCUGUCAAAUAAUGUGCUUCCGGUGCAGGAGAAACUGCAGGCCGUGACUGAGCUCAUACAUCAGAGCAAUAUCAACAACAACAACAACAACAUUAACACCAACAAUAACAACAACAGCGACAACAACAACAAGAACAAUGGCAAAUCCUUGUACAAUGGCCAGAUCAGCAAAAAUGUGAGCAUGCCCAUCAAAUAUCAGCCCAAGCUAAGCUUCCUCUCCAACAACGAUCUGUCUGGGUUGGGGACCACUGACCCAUCCGGCCUCGGCCUGGGCGUGGCCACGCAGCAAUCGGGCAAAGAGUCCAUCAAUGAUAUUUAUCUGAAUCGCAACAUUUCGCAGCUGUUUGGUCUGCCAGCUCCGUCCGUGCCUCAACAGCAGCAGCAGCAGCAGCAGCAGCAGCAGGCACAACCACAGCUGCCUCCCAACGUCUCCUUCAGCAAUACGUCGACACGCAAUGGUGGCGCCAUCUAUGUGAAUGGCAGCCAACUAAGCUACGAGACGGCCAAUAAGAAUGCCAAAAACAGCAGCCGUAUGGCACCUGGUAUCGGCGGCUACUACGUGCAGACGCGACCCACGCUGCUGCAGCCCGAGGCCAAGGUGUACAACAUGUUCUCCAAGGUGAGCGCCGUCCAAGCGCCACCAAAUCUCAUCGUACGCCAUCACCAACCACAGCUGCCCUUCGAGCCGACGUCCCUGCUCAAUGGCUCUGCCAUGCGACUGUCGGCGCGUUCGCAGGCAGCGCCGUCAGCGGAGGCAAGGAUAAAGGCUGAUGAUCUGGAUCUGAUAUUGGGCUCAAAACUGAAAACGUCAGCGAAACGUCAACGCAAUGCCAAGUCGAACAUCCUGCUGGAGGAUCUGUUCGGACAUCUGUCCAUGGACUCGGACAGCGAUAGCAAGUAUCCGCACACUGUGCCGCCCACGCAGCAGGCGAAGAGUGGCCAAACGACGACCAGUUCCCAGAACGGACGCGACUUCUUCAGCGAGAACUUCAAGCGCGAACGAGUCGUGAAAAGGCGCAGCCCCAACAGCCUCGAGGCGAACAAUGGCAGCCGCACAGAUUCGCUCUCCACGAAUCCAGCUCAAAAAACACUAAAGGAAAAGGCGGCCACGUUUCCCUGGGAUGAGACGAACAAAACAGAGGACGAAAAACUAACAGCUUGGAUGGUCGCCGAGAACGGAUCGUUGUUGGAAAACAAGUUUUGAUAAGGAAGUACUAAGCGUGGCAUGAGAACUCGAGCACUCGUUUAUGUUGUCGUACCUGAAACCCUGAAACCUUCGGGUCUUAAAUAAACCACACAAAGAAAUAAAAACCCAUUCAGCGCGUUUCCUUCUACGUUUUCAUCGAACUGAAUUCAUACACCAAG